AUGCGUCUUUGCGGCGUCGUUUUUAUCUCGCUUGUGGCGGCCACGAGUGCUACCAGCAACUCCCACGCCAAGCGCCAAGUCUCGCAACUUCGGGACCGGUAUGACUUCCUCGUUGUCGGUGGCGGCACGAGCGGGCUUACCGUGGCCGACCGAUUGAGCGAGGCUUUCCCCUCGAAAACCGUACUGGUUAUCGAGUAUGGCGACGUUCAUUAUGCCCCCGGUACCUUUGAUCCGCCCACGAAUUGGAUCACAGCCAACCCCGAUGCGGCGCCGGCGUGGUCGUUCAACUCGGUCCCAAAUCUAGAGUUCGGGAACAAGACUGCGUUCGUCCAGGCCGGCCAAGUCGUCGGCGGAAGCAGUGCCGUGAAUGGCAUGUUCUUCGAUCGUGGGUCUCAGUAUGACUACGAUGCUUGGACAGAAGCUGGCGGUCCCGAGUUUGCCCAAUCUUCGAUCAAGUGGGAUUGGGAGGGUAUCUUCCCGUACUUCAAGAAGAGCGUGACCUUCACCGAGCCCCCAGCUGAGAUUGCUGAAAAGUACAACUACACCUGGGACCUUUCAGCAUUUGGUGGUUCAACUCCAAUCCACAGCAGUUUCCCAGCCUACCAAUGGGUCGAUCUUUCCGUGCGCACCGACGCUUUUCGCGACAUGGGACUCGCCAGCCCAAAGGAAUGCGCUAGCGGCGACAAAGACGGCAUCUGUUGGGCGCCCGUCUCACAGCACCCAGUAACGGCGAGACGAUCGCACUCUGGGCUGGGGCACUACGCUGAUGUGCAGCCCCGUUCGAACUAUGACCUCCUGGUCAAGCACCAGGUUGUUCGCGUCGUGUACCCUGACGGACCAAACUCCGGCCCGCCGCUUGUCGAGGCCAAGUCGCUCGAUGACGGCCACCUCUUUAACGUGACUGUGGACGGCGAGGUGAUCGUGUCAGCGGGUGCCCUCCACACCCCGACGGUGCUCCUCCGCAGCGGAAUCGGUCCGGCAGCAGUCCUCAGCGAUGCCGGGAUCCCCCUCACCCUUGACCUGCCCGGCGUUGGGUCCAACUUCCAAGACCACUCCGGGCCCAUGGUGACGUGGUCCUACACCAAAUCCUACGACUUUUGGCCGCUCCCCAACGAUUUCGUCAACAACGCUACCCUCAAAGCUGACGCUACCGCCGGGUUCGACGAGACCCCUGCCCGGGGUCCGUACACCAUGGCAGGCGGCAACUCUGCCAUCUUCGUCUCCCUCCCCCACCUCGCCGACAACCACGCCAACAUCACCAAGAAGAUCCUCGCCAUGAUCGCCGACGGCUCAGCCACCUCUUAUCUCCCCGCGGACCUUCGCAGCAUCCCCGAGAUCGCAGCCGGGUAUUCGGCUCAGCUCGCGGCCCUUGCCAAGCUGCUUUCCAACCCGGAAGCGCCCAGCAUCGAAUCACCCUGGGCCACCUCCCAAGCCACCGUAUCAGCGCCCUCUUUCCUCCUCCACCCCCUCAGCCGCGGGACUGUCAGGCUCGACAAGAACAACCAUCUCGCCCAGCCCGUGCUGGACUACCGAGCCGGGUCCAACCCAGUCGACUUUGACCUGCACCGCGCGCAUGUGCGAUUCCUGCGCAAGUUGGUCGAGACGCCAACGCUGACGGCGCUGGGGGUGCAGGAGAUUGGGCCCGGGAAGGAUGUGGCUGCAGAUGACGAGACGUUGGAUGAGUAUGUGCGUUCGUCGGCCGUGCUUUCGUUCAUGCACCCGUGUUGCACGGCGGCUAUGUUGCCGGAGAAUUUGGGAGGGGUCGUUGGGACGGACUUGAAGGUUCAUGGGGCUAAGGGGUUAAGGGUGGUGGAUAUGAGUGUGAUGCCGUUCUUGAUUGGGUCGCAUUUGAGCGCUACGGCGUAUGCGGUGGGCGAGAAGGCCGCGGAUAUCAUCAUCAAUGAGUGGAAAUCUCGAUGA